AUGGCGCCGGACCAGCCAGCCGAGGAGGACUUGCUGGUGUUUGCUGGCGGAGUAGAAGGCUCCCCAUCCGACGGCAGCAGCUCGCAAAGCAGUGGCGUCAUCUUCACGACGGCACUCGACUACGAGAGCCCAGAGUUCGGCUCGGAGAAUAGAGAUCGAUAUGAGUAUUGGGGUCCGACUCGAGAGAUAUCUGAAGCAGCGCUGGUCUCCUUGCUCCAGAAGCAUUCUUCGGCCAUCCAUGGAAGAGCACUAUGCGGGGAGUGGACGCUUCUUACACGCAAGUCUGGUACGUACAGCUCAGCGUACAUCCUGGAGGCCGGGCACGGCACGAAAGUCGUCGUCAGAGUCCCAGCGUCCGGCUGGAGGAUGCGUUGGAACAAGAUCGACGCUGAGACUCUUCGUACCACGGCGCAGACCAUGCGGCUGAUUGGCGAAAGGACCUCCAUACCGUUGCCGCAAACAUUGGCAUGGGACGAUAGCAUGGAAAAUGAAAUAGGUGCGCCCUACACCCUGAUUACACACCCCGAAGGAAUCAACGCAUGUCGGACCUGGCACUCAGACAAAGGACCCACGCCAAAAGAAACGAGGAGGCAGAACCUACUCAGGACUCUAGCCCAAGCAGUCAGCGAACUGCGCGUUUUACGCUUUUCAAAAGGCGGCAAUCUGUGGUUUGAGGGCGAGCGCGAAGACGUCCCUGUCGUCGUCGACCGCUGGGCGCUUCGUGCGGACGGGUGGAUCAUACUAAGAGCCUUCAAGCGAAUCCGCGCUUACCGUUCGGUCAAAGAGAAGCUCAAGGAGGACGUUCGACGGCAGAUGAUCAAGAAGGGGCACCCAGCCACUCCAGAGACUCGAGGCAUCGCGGUGGUGUUCAAGCUGAUGAUGAAAGCUUUUGUGGAGGCGACCGAACUGCCGCCAUCGACACCAGCUUUCGUGCUUGUCCAUCCUGACUUCGACAUCCAAAAUCUGCUCACCGACGAAGCAGGUACCUCACCGGCAUCAUCGACUGGGAUGGCGCUUGCUGGCGACUGGUAUCCCCACUUCCAAUUCCCGCCAGCCCCGGGAAUGUACAAGGCGAAGGGAGGACCAGAGGAUCUUGACAAGUACCGAAAGGACUACGCAAAAUAUCUCCACGAGGCCUCCGACGGUGCAUUUGAGACUUGCUUCACCACGAAGUCCCACAUCUACCGGGCGCUGCUGAGCUCCUCCAUGAAAGGUUGGACGGCCAGCCAGUUCGUUUACAAUGUCCUCGCGGAUAUCAUGGAUGAACAGCAGCGGCAGGCUUUUGCCACGGCAAUAGGCGAGCGUGGCUUCGUGGAGGGAGAGGAAGAGGCUCUUAGAGAUGUGCUUUUGCAAUACUUUGCUCCGGUUAGCCCCACAGAGUUCGCCGACGGACACGGAUAG